CGGAAGUUUUGAAAGAAUGAAGUAAACAGAGGAGUUAGCGCAGAUAUUCUCAAAUUUCCAACUCUCGCAGGUAGACCAACGGCGGUCAUUUGUUAUACGUAAAGGAAAAAGGCAGGAUUCUUGAGUGUUAAAAAUGAACAACAUAUCCCCUGAGGUUGCAUUGCACCGUAUCUCGCCAGAGCUGCGGCCCUUACUGUGCAGCGUGGUGCGGAAUGGGCGUGUGGGGCUUGACUCAACAAACUGUCUCCGUGUCACAGAUCUGAAGACAGGAUGUACUUCUCUGACCCCUGGUCCCUGUUGCGAUCGCUUCAAGCUUCACAUCCCAUAUGCUGGAGAGACCCUGAAAUGGGACAUCAUUUUUAACGCCAGGUAUCCAGAACUACCACCAGAUUUUAUUUUUGGGGAGGAUGCAGAGUUUCUCCCUGAACCCUCAGAACUUCCGCAUUUGGUCCGGUGGGACACCGGCGACUCGGAGUGCUUGCUUCAGCUGGUGAAGGAGCUCAUCCAGCAGUACCACCAGUACCAGUGCCAGCGUCUGCAGGAGAGCUCCAGGCUGCUGUUCGAGUACGACAGCUUGCUGGAUGACCCCAACUACGGCCACAACAUGGAGAUCUACGCUGGACGCAAGAACAGCUGGACAGGAGAAUUUUCAGCACGUUUCCUCCUUAAGCUCCCAGUGGACUUCAGCAACAUCCCCGUCUAUCUCCUGAAGGACACGGCGUUGGACCCUGGCGAGGAUGUGGCCCUGCUGUCGGUGAGCUUCGAAGACGCAGAAGCCACCCAAGUGUUUCCCAAACUCUACCUCUCCCCCAGCAUCGAACAUGCUCUUGGAGGUUCCUCGGCACUUCAUAUCCCAGCAUUCCCCGGCGGAGGCUGCCUCAUUGACUACGUUCCUCAAGUGUGCCAGUUACUCACAAACAAGGUGCAGUACGUCAUCCAAGGCUACCACAAGAGGAGGGAGUACAUUGCCGCUUUCCUCAGCCACUUUGGAAUGGGAGUGGUCGAGUACGACGCCGAGGGAUUCACAAAGCUCACUCUUCUACUCAUGUGGAAAGACUUUUGCUUCCUAGUACACGUGGACCUCCCACUGUAUUUUCCCAGAGACCAGCCCACGCUGACCUUCCAGUCGGUGUACCACUUCACCAACAGCGGGCAGCUCUACUCGCAGGUACAGAAGUCGUAUCCCUACAGUCCGCGUUGGGACGGCAACGAGAUGGCCAAGAGGGCCAAGGCAUACUUCAAGAGCUUCAUCCCUCAGUUCCAAGAGGGAGCCUUUGCCAAUGGGAAACUCUAGUACUCUCUAGUUUAAUAGCGUGCUUGGAGAGUUGCCUGUGAGAGGGAGUGAGUGCACAUGCCUCUGUGAAUGUGAAUCUAUGUGUGUGUGUGUGUGUGUGUGUAUAUCUGUGUGUGUGUGUGUGUGUGUGUGUGUGUGUGUGUGUGUGUGUGUGUGUGUGUGUGUGUGCGUGGAGGCGGUUUGAUGACAUUUAAAUGUACUGUGACAGUUUAGUGAGAAUAAGAGUUUGUUUAUCUCACACACACACAAACACCCCUUUGAAUUCCUAAUUUUCUCAUCAUGACAUUUGUGCUUCUUUUUCAACACCUCCGUUUUCUAUCUAUUAAAUUUGUAGAGAGAACACCACUUGUUUUGGUGUCAUAAAGGUUUCGAAUGUGCAGUCCACACGCCGCCACUUGCCACCCACUGAAAGAAAAACACUCGAACACGCGCCAUCUCUCAUUGGUUGCAGUCAACUGCAGAGGGCCCGUAAAUUGUGGGGUAGGAAACCCCAAAUUGUUUUACUGAGAAUCGACGCAGCAGCCCCAAACAGAUCUCUCCCAGUCUCUCCCUCGCCAAACAAUCGCCGGUAUUGUUUCAUUAUGUUUAAUGAUGUCAGCUGGCCCUUAAGCGAAUUCAGCUUAUUAAAGUUUCUCAUCUCAGAAAUGCUGUAGUGUGCAAUGAUAGUUUGUUGAUAUGUAAACUGUAUGUAAAGCACGAGCAUCAUGUGAAUUGAUUUGUGGAGGUAUGAGAUCAGGUCAGGGAAACUGUGUGUACUCAAAGUUUGUUUUUAACAAUCAGAUAUAAUUGUCCUUUCUACUCCUAAUUGUGCCCCGUCUUUAAUGUAAAAAUGCUAACCUGCCUGCCUGCCGUGAGCGGAGCCGUCGUGACGUUGAAGAUGUUUUUAUUUGUACCGUGUCGUUCCUCAACAUCCUGUGAUGUCAUUUAUUGGCACAUUGUCAGCACUGUAAGUCAGUUGAUAAUAUUUUCUGGUGUGUUUUUUUUUUUUCAUCCCUGUUUCAUCUCAGAAAAUAAACCUGGCAAUGAA